AUGGACACGGCCGCACUCCCUGUCAUUCAGCAGGUAGAAUCUCAUAACCAACCACAGCAAGACGUGGUUCCUCUAGCCGAGGGUGACACAAUACCAAUACAGACCAGCUCCGAGGCCAAAGCAGCAGCUACCAUUAACAUUCAGAAAGAAGCCUAUGCCUACGGCGAUGCUGAACAACAGAUCACAACACUUGAUGUUGACGAGGCAGAACCAGGCCAUGGACCAAACGACACUUUUCCUGAAGGCGGCCUUCAAGCCUGGCUUGUCCUGACUGGUGCUUUCCUCGCUCUCUUUGCUUCGUUUGGGUUUAUGGUGUCUAUUGGAACAAUCCAAGAAUACCUGCAGAUGCACCAACUAUCGGCCUACACAUCCCGCGACAUCGGCUGGAUUCCUUCUGUAUUUGUUUACUUGGCUCUCGGAUUGGGCAUCUGGGUUGGACCUCUCUUCGACCGGUACGGCCCACGGUGGAUUGCAUUGAUAGGGAGUAUAAGUUAUGUGGUCAUGGUCUUUCUGUUAGCAGAAUGUCAAAAGUACUGGCAGUUUCUCCUAUGCCUCGGAUUCCUAGGUGGGAUUGCUGGCGCAACUUUGACUACGACUGGUUUGGCUGUGGUCAGCCAUUGGUUCAAGCGAAGGAGAGGUCUCGCGCAUGGAAUCGCAAUGGUGGGGUCGAGCUUUGGCGGCGUCACGAUCCCUCUGAUCCUGAGGACCACGCUCCCUAAAUAUGGCUACGCGUGGUCUAUGCGCAUCCUGGGGUUUCUGUUCCUAGCAUGCUUGGUCCUCGCAAAUGCGUUGAUGAAGCCGCGCUUGCCGCCGUCUGCUGAAGCACGGAAGAAAGCAAUCAUAUCGUUGGGACUAUUUGGGGACUUGAAAUUCACCUUUCUUACCAUCAGCGUCUUUGGGUUUGAAAUUGUCUUGUUUGGUGCGCUGGGCAUCCUCCCGACAUACGCGAACUACGGCAACAAGUUCCCGCCGGACACAGGAUUUUAUAUCAUAUCAGUCCUCAACGCCUCGUCCUGUUUUGGACGGAUCAUCCCGGGCUACAUAUCCGACUUUGUGGGCCGCUUCAACACCCUCCUCUUCAUGAUCCUCUUCACCUUGAUCCUCAUGGUCGCCGUCUGGCUUCCACUAGGCCACACCUCCCUGGCUGCGCUCUACGUCUUCGCCGCAUUCUUUGGCUUCGGCACUGGCUCGUGGAUGGCGCUGACCCCGGCAUGCAUAGGUCAGCUCUGCGAGGCGGAUCAGUUCGGUCGGUUCUACGGCACAUCCUAUUUCAUCGGCAGCCUUGCGGCUCUCGUUUGUAUUCCCAUUAGUGGUGAGCUGGUAGAGGCGGCUGGUCCAGAGAUCAUGGUCGGGUUCAUGUGUGUCGUCGCGGGAGUGAGCAUGGGGACGUUCAUACUCAGUCGAUGGGCGUGUUUGGGUUGGCGGUGGCGGUGGAUGGCCAAGGUAUGA